AAGGUCCAUGAAAGUAAUUAUCAUUUUUCUGCCUAGGAAAAACAAAGCAGGAAUCUUCAAGACCCAGGACCCAUCCUGGGACUGAGGCACUGUGCCUCACAACAGAGCAGGAACACUCAGAAAGUGCAGGAUUCAAAUGGAUUCCUUUUGUAGAAAAAUGAUGUGGAUUCAGCUUCUGUUGCCAUUAGUAUUCAUGGUGACAGUUUCUUCUCAGAAUACAGCUCCUGAGUUUGCAUCAAAUAUGACUUCUGCCUUCAUACCAGAAGAUACUCCUUUGGGUAAGUGUGUCUUCUGGAUUGUGGCAAGAGAUGCAGAUAAUGAUCCUUUGACAUAUAGUAUGGAAGGACAAGACUCCUAUUAUUUUAAUGUCAAUCUGAUGACUGGGGAGGUGCAGUUAGCACUUCCCUUAGAUUAUGAGAGCAAAAACAAACUCAACACUAUGAUCAAGGUGCAAGAUGAAAUCAAUAGGCCAGUUAUCAGACAAUUUCCAGUUAUAGUAGAGGAUCGCAAUGAUAAUGAUCCGGUGUUCUUAGGUAUUCCUUAUGAAGCCAGUAUCCGGGAGGAUCAGCCAUUGGGCUCCAUUGUUUUUAGUGUCAGUGCAGUAGAUUUUGAUGAUGAUGGAAGAGUUCCAGUGACAUAUUCCAUUGAUGAGAUUAUACCAAAUGAUCUACAGUCAAACAAUCUCUUCUACAUUUUGCUAAAUGGAAGCAUUAUACUGAAUGACACCUUAAACUACAAUGAGAAAAGCAUCUUCUACCAGAUGACUAUUAAUGCAACGGACAAAGGAGGGCUAUUUCACAAUCAUUUCAUGUAUCGCAGCACUCUUGCCUAUGUGUCAUUGAAAGUGAUUGACUUGCCAGAUUUGGACCCACAGUUUAUUAAUGCGCCUUAUUCAGUUUCUAUUGAGGAGAAUAUAGCACUGGGUACUACAAUCUUCAGAGUUACUGCCAUUGAUGGGGACAGAGGAAUUAAUGAUGAAAUCCAGUAUUCAAUUCAAGAUUCUUCAAGACAUGGAUUAUUUGAUAUAAACAGUAAAAGUGGAGAAAUCUUUGUAACUGCAAAAAUUGAUAGGGAAGCUUUGGUGCAGGAUGGCGAACAGGUUCUACUGACUGUAAUGGCUCAAGAGAAGAACCUAAAUGUAAAUGCUGAGAAAGCCACCAGUACCACUACUGUCACUGUUCGUGUCCUAGAUAUAAAUGACAAUAAGCCUAAUUUCUAUAACUGUGAAAUAGAUGAUUGUGAUUUCAGUGCUGCCCCUACUUUGAGCUUUUUGGGAGAAAUAGAAGAGCAUUCCUCUAUCCGUGUGCCAGUAGCAAAGUUAAAAAUCACUGGCCAUGACCCAGAUAAGGAUAAGAAUGGAAAUUUCAAUCUGUACCUGAGAGGGAAGGAUCAAGAUUGUUUCACAGUGAGCCCAGCACGGGUGCAAAACACAGGCCUAAUACAGGUCCUGGUAAAAGACUCUGUUGCUAUAGACUAUGAGAAGGUGCAUCAAAUGGAAGUGGAGAUUGUGGCCAAUGACACUGGAUUACAAGACUGUUGCUCAUAUGCUACUGUAACCAUCGACAUCAUAGACAUUAAUGACCACACACCUGAAUUCUCUCAGGAUACUUACUACUUGGAAGUGAUGGAAAACUGUCCAGAUGGUACCCAGAUUGGAACAAUUACGGCAACAGAUUUGGACUCUGGAGAGCUUGGAAAAAUCACUUACCAGCUGUUACCAGAAUCUAUACGACAAAUCUUCCACGUAGACAGUGACUCUGGGGAAAUCAUUGCUGUCAAUGGAAACCUUUUGGAUCGGGAACGCCGUUCUUUAUAUUAUGCAACCCUGCAGGCAGCAGAUGGGCUGAAUGCAACUGGCACUGCUCUGCUUGAGAUAACUAUUCUAGAUGAAAAUGAUGAGAUACCUACAGCUAUAGGAUCAUACAAUAUUUUUGUCAAUGAGAACACUGAUGAUGUCAGGAUCCAGAUUGAGGCUUUUGAUGCUGAUGAACCAAACACCAAUAACAGCCGCAUUGAGUUCGAACUCCUGCCAAGCGUAUUGAGCAGCAACUUUAGUGUCAAUGUUACUACAGGACUUAUUACAAGCAUAGGGCCUCUAGAUCGAGAGGCUAUUGAUGAAAAAGACAAUGGUUGCAUUGUGCUAACAGUAAAAUUAUAUGACUUGGGUGUUCCUUCUCUUUCUUCUGAGGUCAAUGUUACCAUCAAUGUUGAGGAUCUAAAUGAUAAUGUGCCUGUAUUCAGCAAGACUGUGUACGAUUUCUUUGUUAACGAGAGCACAAUAGCUGCACAAGUUGGGAUUCUGCUGGUUAGUGAUCAAGAUCAGACUGAGUUGAACAAUCGCGUGAGUUUCCGUAUUUCUCAAGGAGGAUCAGGGAACUUUAUUAUCCGUAAUCAGAAAGUGGAAUCAGGCCUGUACAACGGAAUUCUUUCAUUGGAUCCUGAUGUGAUGCUUGAUUACGAGACACAGAAAAACUAUACCUUAAUAAUUGAAGCUCAAGAUAAUGGGCUUCACGGAGUAAGUCACACAGCAACUGCUACUGCCAGUGUCCAAGUGCUGGAUCUCAAUGAUGAGCCGCCAUAUGUUGACCCCUCCUCUCUAAACAACCUGUUUCUUCUUGAGAACAGAACUGUGGGUCUAGAGUUACUUACCACUCUGAAGGCGCAUGAUCCUGAUACCAUCCACGAAUUGGAAUUUCAAGCUCUCUCAUUGCAGUGCUUCAAGAAUGGCAAUGAUAUAGGCAACAUUUGCUAUGACUGGAUCUGGUUGGCUCCAAAUGGGGAACUUUUUGUAAAUGACACUGAAGUUGUUGACUAUGAGCUCUGUGAUGUGAUGGUGAUGAUGCUGCGUGUAGAGGACAAGCUGACAUUGAUUGGGGACAGAUACAGCAAAAAUGAAUCCCUGCGUGUGGACAUACUAGAUGUCAAUGACAAUGCUCCAGAGUUCUUGGAUGUCGAUGAAGUAUUUGUGGUUGUGCCUGAUGUAGCACCUAUUGAUUACCAAGUGGCUCUUGUCAAGGCCACCGAUAAAGACUCUGGCUUGAACGCUGUUCUUAAGUUUUCAAUCGCCUCAGUUGAAUUUAUCUCAGGUGACAGCACAAGACCACUUCUUAACAUCUUCACUAUUGUCACCACUAGUGAAAAGGAAAUCUACCAGGGCAGUAUCAGGGUUGCAAGCUCAUUGGAUGCCACCUUGAAGGGUAAUUAUCGAGUAACUGUGAUUGCUGAGGAUUCGGGAAAUCCCUCCCUGACUGCUACUCGCGUAUUGGAUAUUUUUGCUGUUGAUGAAUCGUAUCGGGUCACUCUGAAAUUCUCAAAGACUGCUGAUGAAGUACGUGAGACUUCAGAAGAGAUCAAAAGAGCGCUGACAAUGGCAACAAAGGCAACUGUCUAUGUGGCACAAAUUAAGGAUCUUGAACCUUCCUCAAAAAUGAUAAUCCAGAGGGCUAGUGCCGAGUGCAUUAUGUCUGUAUAUUUUGUGUACAAUAACGGAACUGCUAUCACUCCAGAGGAACUUGAAAGGAUUUUACAGAGUGACUCAGCAGCACUGGCAGAACUUCUACAGCUGGGCCUGUUUGUUAUUGGUGGGGGCGCAGGCAUAAACAAAAAAGCAAAUGAAAUCCUGUAUGGAGUUAUUGCAGGCCUGGCCGGUGCCUUGGUGCUGAUCCUUAUAAUUAUGAUCAUAGCUCUGGUCUGUGUGCGGAAGAGCCACAAACGGCAGCUUCGAGCAGUAAAAGCUUUGAAGGUGGCAAAGACUUUACCUGUAGAGAUGGUGCAGGGAGUGGAGGCCAUACCUGGAACCAAUAAAUUUAAUUCAGAUGGAGCCAACCCUAUGCUGAAUCUUGAUGUGAACCCAAUUUUAGACCUGGGCUUUGAAGAAAGCAGUUCAUUUAGUGACAGUGCCAGUGUGAACUCUCUUGAUGAUAAUAUGCUGGCCAGAAAUGGAGGCCAGUCUUCAGUGCCCCAGGAAAGCCAAGAUAUGUCUGUGCUUUCAGGAACAGAUGAAGACAGCAGAGCCAAGGAAGAACCCUUGGCAGCUGCACUCAGUGGCAGAGCCCAAACAUCUUACAGCAAUGGAGCCUUGGAUACUACAGACUUGUGACAGCAAUAAAUGAUUAACACACUGCUGUGCCACUAUAUGUCCACUUUAAUUUUGCUUGAUCACAGUACUGAUUUGUAUGACUUUAUACAAUGUUUUGCAUGGUAACAUGGCACUAUCCCACUUUUGCCUACAGGCCACCCAGUAGUGCAAGCCUUCAGAAGACUGAUCUGUACAUGAGCCAAUUGCAGAGAUGUCCUAUAAUUGGCCCCAUGAUAACUCUAAAAAGAAAAUGCCAUAAAAACUGAAAGGAAUAUCCUUGGCAGGGUUCAACACUUCAUGUUCACUAUAAAUUAUUUCUACAGCAAACAACCGGUGUAUUCUUGAACAGCUAGUAUAUUUCCUACAGGGCACGCAAUAAUGGCAACUCUCUAAUAAAACACCCUUUGGUAUACUGGUAAAUAAAAGUGCUGCUAAUAACUUACCUGUGUCUGCUUUCCUGAAAAGAAAUUACUGUCUUAACAUGACUGUAUACUCACAUUGGGAUGUUGCUUGCUAUUCUAAUUCAUAUGGUUUGUGGUCAUUUCAGCAUACUUGCUGGCACCUGUAUGCAACGCUCAUCUGUCUCUCAAAGAUGGAGAAAUAUAUUUUUAUCUGGGUUUUGCGUAUUAGCCAUCUAUCUAUUUGGGCUGAUUUUUCCACUCUGCCCAAUAUGGCAAGACAUCCAUUAUUUAUUUGUGGGGUCACUUGUCACUCAUGCAACCCCAGUCCUUGAGUUUAGAUGAGCUGUGUGCUGAUCACUAUGUACCCUAGGUACAGUUACAUAAUGAUAAUAUUUUGGAAAAGAGAAUUGUUUUUUUAUUGCAAGAUGUUGUGCCCCAAUCCAAGCACUGGUGGCAGUGUGCCAUUGCUAUUUGUUUUAUUUGUUUGCCAUUGCUAUUUGUUUGCUCUCUACAGAAAGAACUGCAUGGAAGUAACAUUGAAAUGCCUUUCAACUCAUAGGUCCCCUGAACAUGUGAAUAUAAAUGCUCAUGAAACAUAACAUGCCUAAGCAAUGUCAACCUACUUAUGACAACUACAACACCCAGAAACCUUUGUAUAUAUCUAAUUAUCAGAACUGUAGUCCAUCAGUAGCUGGAUUAGUAGAGUUAUGCAAUUAGAUUAUAAUCACUUCAUAUGUAUUGCAGUUUCAGAGUUUUGCCCUUAUUUGGGGUAAGUAUAUUUAAAAUGGUACCUUUCUGCUUUAAAAUUAGUUUUAUCCUCUAGUACAGAAACCCCCAACCUUUUUUUACUUGUGAGCCACACACAGAUGUAAAAAGUGUUGGUGAGCCACACAAGCAUGAAAUAAGUUCUUUGUAGAUGCCAAAUAAGGGCUGUGAUUGGCUAUUUGGCAGUCCGAUGUGACUGUUAUCCUACAGGAGGAUCUGCCUGGAGUAAAUCUCUGGGAGCAACAUGAAAGAGGGCGCUGAGAAACAUGUUGCUUGUGAGCCACUGGUUGAAAACAAAUGAAAAACAUUCAGCUUUACAUGUAUAUUCUGUACCUAUUCAUUGCUCAAAAUAAAUUAAGUUUUUCUUAUA